AGAGCGUUUGUAAAUCAACGGUGUGACCAUGUCCGAAACUGCGCCCGCUGUUGCAGUGACAGCAGCUGCUGCUGCAGCUCCUGUUCCAGCUUCAAAGGCUCCAGCUAAAAAGCCGAAGAAGGCGGCUGGAGGAGCCAAAGCCCGGAAGGCCGCGGGUCCCAGCGUGACCGAGCUGAUCACCAAGGCGGUGUCCGCUUCCAAGGAGCGCAAAGGGGUCUCGUUGGCGGCUCUUAAGAAGUCUCUGGCAGCCGGAGGGUACGAUGUGGAGAAGAACAACAGCCGCAUCAAGCUGGGGCUCAAGAGUCUGGUAAACAAGGGCACUUUAGUUCAUACUAAGGGCAUCGGUGCCUCGGGCUCCUUUAAGCUCAGCAAAAAGCCUGGGGAGAUCAAGGAAAAGGCACCGAAGAAAAAGCCAGCGGCAAAACCAAAGAACCCAGCUGCCAAGAAGCCCGCCAGCGCCGCCAAGAAACCCAAAAAGGCUGCGGCCGUGAAAAAGAGCCCGAAAAAAGCCAAGAAACCAGCUGCAGCGGCCAAAAAAACGGCCAAGAGCCCGAAAAAGGUGACAGCCGCCAAGCCUAAGAAGGCGGCUAAGAGCCCGGCUAAGGCGAAAGCGGUGAAGCCCAAGGCUGUCAAGCCCAAGCCGACGAAACCCAAAACAGUGAAGGCUAAGAGGGCCGCGCCUAAGAAGAAGUGAAAUGACGUGAGAUACUUACUAUAAAAAACCCAACGGCUCUUUUAAGAGCCACCCA